GAUCCGAAACAUGUUCAGUGGACCAAAGCUCUCAUGAAUGUGUGGGAUGAGCUGUUUACUUUUAUCAAACAAUACCAUACUACUGGACUUUCUUGGAAUCCCCGUGGUUCUCAUAUUCCUGCGUCCGCGUUACGAGGAUCCCCGCCGGCAGGUGGCGCUGCUCCACCUCCACCUCCACCACUACCUCCGAUGCCUAUCAUGCCUCCGCAAAAUUCAGGAGUAAGCUAA